UUUCCAUCUCUCUUUUUUUUUGCUUUUUCUUUAUUCUUUAUUUUUUUUUACCUUAUUAUUUAAAAAAAACCAAACAAACAAUGAGCCCUGUGAAUAUGACAUACCAUUAUAACGCUACUACUUGUCACCAACAACAGCAACAACAUAACUACAAUCCCUAUCAAGGUAAGGAAAGGCAGUUGAAAAAUAUAUAAAAAAUAAAAGAUAAACUGACUAAAUCAUAUAAAUAAUAUGAAUAUAUAGCCUCUCCUUCAAUGUCAUCUUUUUCUUCUUAUCAUUAUCAACAACAGUCUCCAUAUUAUUCUCAUCCUCCGGAAUCACAACCCUAUCCAUCUUACCGUCGUCAUCGUCAACCAAACUAUAUCAGUAGCAAUAGUAGUGUGACAAGUACGAGCAGUAGUAGCAGCAGUAGUAGCAGUAGUAGCUGUGAUAGCAACAGUCAUCGUUUAGGCCAGCUUAGAGCUCAGCUCGAACUUGCCCGAAACUUCUACGACGAUUACGAAUUUUGUCCUUGUCCUCUGUACGAUACCGAUGCCUCUUUUGAACACCGUGAUCGUAUUCAACAACGUUAUUCGCCUCAGUCUUCUCCCAACACAUCGCCCAAAUCGUUCAAACGAGUGAUACCCAUCAUUAAUCCUGACAGUAUGACACCCGUCAACAUUUACACUGCUUAAGGCUCGCUUACUUGCUGUCUGACUAUAUAACAUUUUUUUGUAAUAUUAUCUUUUUUUUUUUUUUCUUUUUUUUUUCGCUAUAUAUAC